GUCCGUUGCUCGUUUUCUGCGAGAAGCAACAGCUACUUGAAAGCGAGUUGCCAAGAAGACCAGUUUUGUCGCUUCAGCGUGAGCUUGUCAACUACGAACUUUUUACUCGACUUCGAAGUUUUAUACAUUGACUGCUCUGCCAUAAGGAUCACGAAAGGACGCAUUAUGUCGAAAGAGGAAAAGGAGUGUACCAUUCCGGACAUCAUAUACGACGUAAAUUCCGGAAAAAGUUACAUCAAAGGCCGGUUUUUCGGCAAGGGUGGAUUUGCAAAAUGUUACGAAAUCAAGGAGUCAAAGUCACAUCACGUCUUUGCUGGAAAGAUAGUGCCAAAAUCGAUAAUGACUAAAAGUAAUCAACGCGACAAAAUGACACAAGAAAUAGCUAUUCACAGAAGCUUAAACCAUCGGCACAUUGUAGGAUUUCAUGGAUUCUUUGAUGAUUCAAAUAAUAUAUAUAUCAUCCUGGAGCUCUGUCGGAAAAGGUCAAUGAUGGAGCUACAUAAACGUAGAAAAGCAUUGACUGAGUGUGAAACGAGAUUCUACAUGAAGCAAAUUUUGGAUGGUGUUUUUUACUUACAUCAAAAUAAGAUUAUUCACAGAGAUUUGAAGCUAGGAAAUUUAUUCCUCAAUGACGAUUUACAAGUAAAAAUUGGUGAUUUUGGUCUUGCAACGAAAUUGGAGCGUGACGACGAACGCAAAAAAACACUGUGCGGGACACCAAAUUAUAUAGCUCCAGAAAUUCUUAACAAAGUUGGACAUUCUUAUGAGGUUGAUGUAUGGAGUAUCGGUUGUAUUAUGUACACAUUGCUUGCUGGGAAACCUCCAUUUGAGACCUCCAGUCUGAAAGAAACAUACGCAAGAAUCAAACAAGUUCAAUAUAAAACCCCACAACAUCUCAGCACUGCUGCAAUGAAUAUGAUAUCAAAUAUGUUGCAAGGGAAUCCUUCGAAACGUCCCAAUGUAGGAAAACUAAUGAAGGACGUGUUCUUCACUUCAGGGUUUUUGCCAACGAGUUUACCCUUAUCCUGCCUCACAAUGGCUCCACGAUCCGAUAUGUUGGAGAUGCACAAUCAACGCAAGCCAUUAACUGAAAUGAAUCAUAAUACGGGCAAGGAGACGAUUGAUAAUAUACCAGGGAUUCCCAACAGUCCAGCGCCCAAGUCGAAGUCUGUGGAUGGCAAUUCGGAAGUGCAGAAGUUAAAUCAUGACAUAAAGAAGAUGCUGCAAACGUUAAAAGACCAGCUGGCUGCAGUCUUAAGUUCUAAACCGACGCGCAAAGCAGCUAACUCUGCAGAUGAAAUGACUGACCCAGCUGCACAGCCAUUUGUCUGGGUAAGUAAAUGGGUGGACUAUUCGGAUAAGUAUGGUUUCGGUUACCAACUUUCCGACGAUGGUGUCGGUGUGAUGUUUAAUGAUGGAACGCGCCUGAUAAUGUUGGCGAACGGCUUCAACAUUCAUUACAUAAAUCGGGAGGGAAAAGAGUUGUAUUACACGACCAAAGAAUUUCCUAGUCACCUCGAUAAGAAGAUGAAACUGUUGGACUUCUUCCUGCGGUACAUGAACGAACACUUAAUGAAAGCAGGAGGAUCCGUUGCAGUGAAACAAAGCGAUUCCAUGUCGAGAAUUCCGUACAUGCAUCAAUGGUUCAGAACACAAUCUGCUGUUGUCAUGCAGUUGACCAACGGAUCUAUACAGAUCAAUUUCCUCGAUCACACAAAAAUCAUAAUGUGUCCGCUCAUGGCAGCGGUGACUUACAUCGAUAAAGAGAAAAACUUUCGCACGUAUCGAUUCCAGACUAUUCAGGAAAACGGUUGUUGCAGUGGUCUUGGAAAGAACUUGAGCUACGCUUAUGAAAAGAUUCGUCUGAUGAUACUGAAUCGAUAGUCUUGUUAUAAGGUUGGCACGCUUAUAGAAAAGAAAAUUGAGAGCAGCGUCCUGAGACUGCAAGUUUUAACGAUACGUAUCUUUUUAACAGUGACCAAGAAACAUUUUUAGAAAUGCUUAGAUCUGUAGUACUUUUUUUUUUAGAUACUUUUUUUAUGUUCAUGAGGAAAGUAUACGAGAAAAUGAGAGGAGUGCACGCAAUAUAGAGUACUAAUAGAGCUAGAUGGAAUAGGCGAAUAUAUUCUAUAUCUUGAUUCGAAAUUGGAGAUCCACUAAUGGAAAUUUAAUAUCUACUAUUCAUAUUGCCAAACGGGAAUACAGUCAGAAAUACUUAACAUUACCUUGCUCUCGAGGAAACAUUUCCUUUAAAAAUUUAUAUACGCCAUAAUUGCAUCUCUAUCAUUGCGUCACAUUUUUAAUCGCAGGUCACAGUUUCGGACAGAAACUUCGAGCAUAUGAAAAGAUUUAUAUGUUGUAAACUUUAUAGCUUUAAAAAAAAAUACAGUUAAGUAAAAGCGAAAUUUACUUGUUCACCUACAUACAUAGAUUCGGACUAGCUGCCCAUUCCACAAAUGUGUGUUUUGGUCAAUGCUCUAUGUGGAUUUCCAAUAAGUCAAUUGGAAUAAUGUGCCUUUUGCAGCGUCCUUAAAUAAUAUUGAUAGGUGAAUAUGUAUAUGUAAUUCAUUACAUCGGGACAGAAUUAAAUGCAUGAUUAGUCGAUCGUAUGACUUGAUGAUCUAUCCGAAACUGCUUGAAACCGGUACGAUCAUUCGCAAUACACACUAUCUUUUUGAAAAACGUUAUGGUAAUAUGUCAAAGCAGAGUACAAGCUUAAUAUAUUUUUAAGGUAUUAGAAAUAACGACUAUUUAAUUUUCAUCAUUUAUCUUGUACGUGAUCAAAUAAACGUCCAUUUUUUAAAAGAUUCAAA